AUGGAUUCAAGGACAGCAACCACCUCUCUCCAAGCCAUCGGCAUCACCUGUGCCCUGCUGCACUCCGGCAUCUCCGCCGGCUCCUCGCUUUUGACGCUGCCAAUCCUCCAACGUCUGCCCGCCGGGACAGCCCUCGAUAUCUGGACCGAGUUCUUCGAUCGCGGCCUUGCGGUGGUGGUUCCGCUUGCCAUCGCCUCCACCGUUGCGUCUGCCACCGCCGCCUACCUGACCCCUCCGAAACGCAAUACCCUGGCGGCUGCCGGUGGUCUGGUUAUUUCCACCUUGAUCUGGACGGCACUCGUGAUGGCGCCGGGGAUUCAGAGGAUGAUCUUGCUGAACGACAGUGCGGCGGAGCUGGAGAAGGCGGCUGCUGGGGAAGUGCUGGCGCUGCUGAAAGCGUGGUCGUGGCAGAACAUGGUGAGGUUUGCGCUGUCAGGGGCAGGAGGUGUGGUCGGGCUCUGGGCUUUGGUGCAGUCGGAGUAG